ACUCCGAUCUCUCACCUCCACAUCUCCCAUCUAAUCUAAAAUCUAUUGCCGAGAACGGAGAGAUGUUCAGCUCACUUGAAACGACGGCUCCGGCGACGUUGUCACCGCGAGUUAGCCCUGAGCUUAUAUGCAGUUUUACUGUAUAGUUCGUGGAACAGAAUCAUCGGAGAAAGGAAUGUCAAUGACCGGGGACAAACUGAUACUGAAAGGAUUAAAGUUUUACGGUCACCAUGGAGCUAUAACUGAAGAGAAGACUUUGGGGCAGAUGUUUCUUCUUGACAUUGAUGCGUGGAUGAGUCUUAAAAAGGCUGGUGAAUCAGACAACUUAGAAGAUACUAUCAGCUAUGUUGACAUUUACAGCCUAGCUAAGGAAAUUGUUGAAGGGUCACCAAGAAACCUUCUGGAGGCAGUCGCGGAACAUAUCGCGUCCACAACGCUUGAAACGUUUCCUCAGAUAACCGCUGUUCGAGUGAAGCUAUCGAAGCCAAAUGUUGCACUUAUUAAGAGCACUAUCGAUUACUUGGGAGUCGAGAUUUUCAGACAGCGAAAGCACUAAUUUAAUGAAACUGAAUAAACCUGACAACUUUUUGUCAAUAAUCCUUGGUCGAGACAACGAGAGUUGUAUCCAUGGAAUUAUCAUUUUUCUAUAA